AUGUCUGGCGAACAAGCUAUCACACUGUUCGACCUACGCUCGACGCUCACUCCGCAGGCGUGGUCGCUCCAUGCCUGUAGGACAAGGUUCGUACUGAACUACAAGAAGCUGCCCUAUACGACAAAAUGGGUAGCUUUUCCCGACAUCGGCGAGACACUCUCUGCAGUCGGCGCGCCGCCCACUCGCGCGGACGACCCGAAGUACAGCGUACCUGCGAUCAUCGACGCUAUCGCGGACCCGCCAGUCGUUCUGUCCGACUCGACGGUCAUAGCCGACUAUCUGGAGAAGACGUACCCUGAGCCGUCGAUUUACCCCCACGGCAGGGAGGCCCAGAUGAAGUGGUUGGACGCGAUCAUGGACGACGUCAUCAUGCGGAUGGCGUUCAUGGUCAUACCCACCACGCCCAGAUACUGCCGGAAGCUGAUGCGGAGUAUUUAUCAGCACGAGGAAGUUGAUCUUCGGUAUGCUCGCCUAUAUCAGAGGAUUGUACAACCCACGGCUGACUCAGUCACCUUUGAAGGCUUGGACGUGAAGGAUAUGAUAGCGACAAGUCCGAAGGAAGAAGCUGAGAGGUGGCAAGCUCUGGAGGAGGGGCUUGGUAGAUUGUCUGCCCUCACAGACGAGAUCGAGCACGGAGACAAAUGGUUAUUCGGGACCUCCAAAGGACCAGGAUAUGCCGACUUCGUCCUGGCCACUACGUUGAACUGGUUUCGGUGGGUAGGUCCGGAAGGAGGCUGGGAGAGGAUCAGAAACACGAAUGGGGGGAAAUGGGCGAGGCAUUUGGAUCACGUUAAAGAAUACAUGGAGGUACUGUAG